CGUCUUUGUGUUUUUCAGACAUUAAUAAUCAGACACAGAAAUGAACUAGUUCUCAAUCACUUUAUAGACGAGCCCUUCCUUUUAUUCCAGCUGUAUCGAGCUUUGGGGGUUCGUGUGAUGCUGGUUGGACUGGAAAUCUGGUCCCAUAAAGACCAGAUCGAUGUCAAAGCCGACCCUGACCUCACCCUCCUUCACUUCCUCGAGUGGCGGAAGCAGCGCCUGCUGCCGAGGUUCAAACACGACAACGCUCAGUUCAUCACAGGUGUGGAUUUUACCGGCUCCACCGUCGGAUUGGCGAACACCAACGCGAUGUGCACCUCUAACUCCGGAGCGAUCAACGAGGACCAUAACACCAACUCAAUAGGAGUAGCCUCCACCAUCGCUCAUGAGAUGGGUCACAACCUGGGUUUGACCCAUGAUACUGAAGACUGCUUCUGUGGCUCCUUUCCAUCCAAAGAAAGCUGCAUCAUGGCUGAGAGUGUUGGAUUGGUUUAUCCCACACGGUUCAGCAGCUGCAGCCGGCAGCAGCUCAGCUCGUUCUUAGAGGAGAUCAACCCCACCUGUCUGCUGGACUCUCCGUCCACCGAGCGCAUCUACGGGGGCCCCGUGUGUGGAAACGCCUUCUUAGAGCCUGGAGAGGAGUGUGACUGUGGCACUGCGGAGGAGUGCAAGAAUCCCUGCUGCAACGCCACAACCUGCCAGCUGAAAGCAGGAGCUGAGUGUGCAGAAGGAGAGUGCUGCCACAACUGCCAACUGAAACCAACAGGCAGCAUGUGCCGUCCAAAAGCCGGAGACUGCGACCUGACAGAGUUCUGCACCGGCCUCUCUGCAGUCUGUCCUCCUGACGCCUUCGCCCAGAACGGUCUGCCGUGCAACCGUGGAAACGGAUACUGCUACAACGGGCGAUGUCCUUCACGGCAGGAGCACUGCAAGAGGCUCUGGGGACCAGAUGCUGAAGUGGCUCCAGAUGCUUGCUUCUAUCUGUAUGGAGGCUGCAGAAGGACUCAUAUGAGCCAAGGAUGCUCCAGCCGGGAUGAGUACUGCGGAUCACUUUUCUGCUCUGGAGGAAGGGAGUUUCCAGUCACGUCUAAGAAGUCCUUUUAUAAACUAGGAAGUGGAGUCGUUUGCAACGCUGCAACCAUGAGCCCUGAGGACAACUUCCCGUCAGAUCUGGGCAUGGUUCCUACUGGCACCAAGUGUGGCAACAACAUGGUCUGCUACAGUCAAAGGUGUGAAAACAUCAGAAGCAUAAAAGCGUUUGGAAGAAGCGACUGCUCCUCCAAAUGUAACAACCACGGGGUUUGCAACCAUGAGAGUAGCUGCCACUGCGAUCCAGGCUGGGCCCCCCCUUUCUGUGACAUGAAGCAGUCGGAGCUGACUGAAGAAGCAGGACUUGUGGUUUUUGUUGUGUCUCUGGUGGUCGGACUGCUGAUCCUGCUGGUUCUGCUCAUUGGGAGUCUGAUGUGCUGCAUCAGAAAAGGACCUCCUACUAAAAGGUUCCUUUCAGCGACCUCAGGACAGUCAAACCCGGCGUUUCAGUCGAGCACUCGGCGAGACAGUCCCGGUCUCAGGUCGGCAGACAUCAGCCAGCCGACAUUUUUAGAGUCAUCUGCCCGUCAAGCCUGUAAACCUCUGAGGUGUUCUACCGUCAGACCAAAGAACGGAGAUCUGAGGCCCUGCAGAGCAGCUCCAGAGCCUCCAGAGAAAGCUUCAGAUGCAUCUCGGCCACCAAAGAUUCAUCAGGUCACAAGGACACUAAUGCAGCCACCAGCUGUUUAUAACAAGAAUAAGCCCCUCCCCCCCAGCAGACCGCUGCCACCGCUAGUGUCCAAACCACUGAAACCUUCGGUUCCUCCAAACAAGCCGAAGCCGUCUGCACCGCCACACACUCAGCUGCUUGGAGGGAGAGUCGUCCUGCUGCCCUCCAGCAGGCCAAGAUGACAGUAGCAAAGACUCACCAUGAUGCAAACUCAGAUCCUCUAACAGAGAACGUUGUUUCUGCUGCACGUUGAAGAAUCAACACGAUCCUCUCACGAGACGUUGGUCUGUUUUUAAGAGCGCACCAAGGGAUCAGUAAAACGUUUUCCAUCCAUAA